UUGAGGCAGUAUAAAUCGUCGCUCCGAACAGUUCAGAGGCUUCCUUCUGAAUUGACAUUUAAAAAUGAAAUUAAUUUUUCAUUUCGUUGUGUUGUGUGCAGUUCUGCAUGUUGCAGCAAGUGAAUACGAUCGGGAAAGGAAAGAUAAUACCAAUAGUGUCGCGGAUGGGAUGCAGGGUUUUGGAUUAGAGGUAACACCAACGGGAAAAAGUGUCUCAACGACAACGGAAGUUCCACGGCCCCUGACGACAACUACAACAACACCGAAACCUAAGCAACCUCCGUUUUCCCCGUGCAAAGAUGUUCCAUCGAAAGUGUCUGGAACAUAUCUGAUCCGCCUGAAUAAUGAUAGUGAACCAUUCGAAGUGUAUUGUGAGCAGGAAAAGUUCGGUGGUGGAUGGAUCGUUAUGCAGUUCCGUUUCGAUGGAUCACUGGACUUUUACCGAGGCUGGAAUGAGUUCCGCGACGGAUUUGGUGAUUUGAACAAAGAGUUCUGGUUAGGUCUGGAGAAGGUCCACCGGAUAACAAGAGGCCGUAAGCACGAACUGAUGAUUGAAUUGAAAGACUUUAAUGGAACAUACAAGUACGCGCGGUAUGAUGGAUUCGAAAUAGGUAGUGAGAGCGACCAAUACGACCUGAAGGAUUUUGGAAUUUAUAGUGGAACUGCAGGUGAUAUAUUGUUUUAUAAUAAGGGUGCGAAGUUCUCGACCAAAGAUCGGGAUAAUGACGAGUGGCCCUUCAUACAUUGUGCAAAGAGCUACGAAGGUGCAUGGUGGCACUGGGAUUGUAGUGACACGAAUUUGAAUGGGCGUUACAUCAAUGCGACAGGUAGACAAUCAAGGUAUUGGUUAUAUUUCCGCUACAAAAAUCAAGAGUUGAGUUACUCGCGAAUGAUGAUCCGAGCGUUGGAAUAGUGUUUCUAGUUGGAUCAAUAGCAUCAAUAGAAGCGCAAGGAACAAUUAACAAUGCUCAACCAAUCAAUGAAUAAAGUGAAAUAAAAGUGCAU